ACAUCAGCACUCAUCUUCCUGAGAGAAACAUCGCCAGAAUGAACGUUCUCAAGCUACAGAGGAAGUUUCCUCAAUUUCCGCAGAACGAGAUCUUCCAGCUCUCGGAUGCCUUCCAGCGGCUAGACGUCGAAGACCGAGGCUACCUCGACGAGGCAACUGCCAUCAAAGCAACCCAGCAGAGCGAAAACCAGCCAUAUGAUGUUGUUAGACAAGCUCUGAAAGAAGUCGACCUGGACUCGUCGCGACGAGUGGAGCUGGAGGACUAUGUUGGCCUUAUUGCGAAGCUGCGCGCCGGGUCAGUCGCCCAAAAACGCAUGUCUACAGGCCCCAGCCCGGCGCAACCUGGACCUGGGCCCGCUCAAGGCCACGCAUCCAAGGGCAGUGUGAGUGGCAAGAUCCAAGUCCAAGGAUCAAAUGCAAACACGACACACACAAUCAACGAAGAUGAGAGGACUGAAUUCACACGCCAUAUCAAUGCGGUAUUGGCCGGCGAUCCGGAUAUUGGAAGUCGGCUCCCGUUCCCAACUGACACAUUCGAAAUGUUCGAUGAAUGCAAAGACGGCCUUGUCCUUGCCAAGCUCAUUAACGACAGCGUUCCUGAUACCAUCGAUGAGCGAGUGUUGAACAUGCCUGGACGAAAGACGAAAAAUCUCAACGCCUUUCAAAUGAGCGAAAACAACAACAUCGUUAUUGAGUCCUGCAAAGGUAUUGGCUGCUCCGUUGUCAACAUUGGAGCGGGGGAUAUCAUUGAAGUUCGCGAGCAUCUCAUUCUGGGCCUCAUUUGGCAAAUCAUUCGACGAGGUCUCUUGGGUAAAAUUGACAUCAAGCUGCACCCUGAGCUCUAUCGACUGCUGGAGGAGGACGAGACUCUGGAACAGUUCUUGAGACUGCCUCCGGAGCAGAUCCUGAUUCGCUGGUUCAACUACCACCUGAAAGCCGCCAAUUGGCCUCGAAGAGUUACAAACUUCUCUAGCGAUGUAAAGGACAGUGAGAACUAUACCGUUCUUCUCGCUCAGAUUGGAUCCGAGUACGGCUGCACGCGCGCUGCUUUGCAAACCAGAGAUCUCCACCAGAGAGCCGAGGAAGUUCUGCAAGAAGCAGAUAAGCUUGGAUGCCGCAAGUUCUUGACUCCAUCAUCAUUGGUUGCUGGUAACCCGAAGCUUAACCUGGCCUUUGUGGCUAAUCUCUUCAACACUCACCCCGCCCUUGACCCCAUCACGGAAGAGGAGAAGCUGCAAGUUGAAGACUUUGAUGCAGAGGGAGAGCGCGAGGCUCGAGUCUUUACUCUGUGGCUUAACAGUUUGGAUGUGCAGCCCGCUGUAGUCUCGUUCUUUGAUGACCUAAGAGACGGAUCGGCCCUUCUGCAGGCAUACGACAAAGUCAUCAAAGGGUCUGUUAACUGGCGCCAUGUUAACAAGGCUCCCGCCCAUGGAGGCGAAAUGCUUAGAUUCAAGGCUGUUGAGAAUACCAACUAUGCUAUUGAGCUGGGCAAGCAAAAUGGCUUUUCCCUCGUGGGCAUCCAAGGAGCAGAUAUCACUGACGGUCAAAGAACAUUGACACUUGGACUCGUGUGGCAACUCAUGCGAAAAGACAUCACCUUGACGCUGUCCUCACUGGCACAGAAUCUCGGCAAGAGAGAGAUUACCGAUGCCGAAAUGGUUAGAUGGGCCAACGACAUGUCCAAGAAGGGCGGUCGCAGUUCAUCUAUCCGGUCUUUCAAGGACCCGGCCAUUGGCUCUGGUGUCUUCCUUUUGGACGUGUUGAAUGGCAUGAAGAGCAGCUAUGUCGACUAUGACCUUGUGACUCCCGGCCAAACAGAAGAGGACGCAUAUAUGAAUGCAAAGUUGAGUAUCAGUAUUGCCCGCAAGCUUGGUGCGACCAUAUGGCUUGUCCCAGAGGAUAUUUGCCAAGUUCGCAGUCGCUUGGUGACUACGUUUAUUGGAUCUCUGAUGGCAACUCAUGGUAAACAGUAAAUUAUUUUACAGGUCUUGAUGCAACUGCUCAAUACAAGGCAAUGUUAAUUACCACUAAAUAUUAAUUAAGAUGUACAAGAGUAUAGU